CAUUUAUACAUUCUUCUAUACAAUGGUGCUGCAACUCAGCAGUUAUUUAGCAGUUUUCUUCCAUAUGGAACAUUAAUACAUCUUCAUCCUAAACAGAAUGUUUAACCCUCCUGUUACCUUUCGGGUCAAUUUGACCCCAUUCAAUGUUUAAUGUCGGUGUUCUUUGGGGUCAAUUUGACCCCAGGCUGUUUUUCACUGUGUCAAACAUAUCAGAAAUAUCAACUUUUUUAUUUAUUUAAAGGGCUAUUUAGGUAGUCAACAAACAAACAUAAAGUACCUCACACUUAAACUUGGGAAGCAAUAUUAAUUCUAAUAAUUUUCUGGAGGUUUUAAUUGCUGGGGUCAAAUUGACCCCGAGGGUAAAAUAUGUUCGUAAAUGUAAAGGUAACAGGAGGGUUAAACAGAGCAUGUUUCUCUUGUUUGUCAACCAUUAACUCCACCAUGAUACAAUCUAAAGGUGGACAGAUUGACAAGUGACUUUUUUUUGCUCGGUCCCGAUGCGCGCGCACGGAGCUCUGUGGCGCGCCAGACGGAGAUCGAUAAGUGUUAACGCAACGCGAAGAGACAGAAAUGACAUGCUGCUGUGGAGAUACGAUCAACAACAGACGUUUAGUUUAAUAAAAGAACAAAGACGUGCUCUAGAGAACAUGUCAGGGGGCGGGCCAAUCUUUUUAAUGUCAUGCGAUCUACCGACACUACGCCGCGAUCGACUGGCAGGUCGCGAUCGACGUGUUGAGACCCUGAUCUACAGGAAGUAAAAGUCGUAACAAGGUUUCCGGAGGUGAACCUGCGGAAGGAUCAUUACCGAUGAACAGACCGUCUGCAUGAGAGCGGACAGAGUUCAGGUUGAAGUGGUGGAUUGGAAGCUCAUUUUGCAAGUGACUUUUUUUUCGUCCCAACGACCAACAACAGACGGAUUGGAAGCUCAUUCUGCGCAUGCGUUAAAUGCGUAAAAAAAAAAAAACUAGUUAAACCUGUAAUUGGAUUAGAAUAUAGAAUAGAAUAGAAUAUACACUUUUAUUAAUCCCCAAGGGGAAAUUAGUUCUCUGCAUUUAACCCAUCCUUAGUUAUUAAGGAGCAGUGGGCUGCGGUGAAGCGCCCGGGAAGCAACUGGGGGUUCAGUGCCUUGCUCAAGGACACUUCGACUUGCAACUAAUGGGGAGAGCGGGGAUCGAACCCACAACCCUGCGGUUGCAGGACGGCCCUCUUACCCCACUGAGCUAAAGCCGCCAAGAGAACUGAGUUAACGCGUUAUUUUUCACAGCACUAAUAUAAAUAUGUAUUUAUAUAUAAAUAUCGACAUAUACAGACAAUGCGCAUAAAAGGACAUCGCGGGCUCCCGUCCUUUCCUCGGGUCCUACGUCAUGACGCAAGGGGAGCGUCGCGCGCGCCGUGGCGUUACGUCGCGCGUCAUAACUUCCAACACAACCGCCGCUUCCUGGCCGGCCCCGGCAGGCGCCUCAGGCCCGCUCAGCAGAGAACCGUUACCCGCUCGUCAUCAUCACCAUCAUCAUCAUCUCCACCGGGCCGCGAGGAGCCGCCGCCGCCGGUAUGUGAGUGAAUGAACCGGCCGGAAUCGAGGAGGAAGUCCCGGGACGGAGCUGCUCGCGGCGGGCCGGAGACACCGAGGCGUCGCGGCCGUGGUGAUGGUGUUGGACUCGGGGGAAGUCUUCAUGGAUCCGGUCGAGGGUGAGCGCGUCCCGGUGGAGUCGGGCGUGCGGGCGCCCAAAGCCGCCGCGUCCAGGAGGAGCGACAUUGCGAAGAAGGAGAAGGCGUCCCACAAUGGACUUCCGGCCGUGGCGAGCAGCGGCCAGGCGGCGCCGAGGAGGCCGUCUGCGGCGCCGCCGAGCGGCGGGGCCGCGCCCAGGCGACCCCUCCGCCGGCCCCUCAGCCUGGAUAUGACCCCCCGGCGCCUGCGGUGUCCUGAGGAGCCGCCGGCGGACGGGCGGGUCGCGCGGCCGCCCUGGCGGAGCGGCCCGGCCGCCCCGGCGCCCCCGACCCGCGGCUCGACCGGCCCGGGCGGCUGGUUGCGCCGCAGCGAGAGCACCCGCUCCGUCAACUACCCCCCGGGGCUCCGGGUCGGCGGGGGCCACAUGAGACCCGCCACCUCCCUGCCGCACAUAGCGGGGAGGGAGGCGGGCCGCUCGCCGCCCGCCCCCCCCAGGGCCUGUCUGCUCGUGGCCCUGCGGCCCCUGAACCUGGACCGGGAGAAGCGGACCUUCUUCCAGUCCGACUACAAGUACGAGCCCCAGUUCGAGUACGAGCAGCCGGAGCCCCGGAGCGUGUUGGACAAGUACCAGGAGGGAUCAGGACUCUUCCUGGAGCAGGCGGUGGGGAUCAUGGAGUGCGUCCUGAAGAAGUUCGACUCCUACGAGAACUUCGAGGCGGUGACGGGCGGCAGCGUUCUCCCUAAGAGUCAAGUGUGGGCCGCCGUACGCAAAUACCUGCAGAAAGAAGGCUGCGUGGGGGAGGUCGUGGUGCGUCUGUCUGACGAGCUGCUGUCCCAGGCGGUCAUGGUGGUGGAGAGCUGUCGCCCCACGCUGACCAUCAACCUGGCCGGCGCUCGGCAGCACUGGCUGGAGGGGAUGCUGCGGCACGAGAUCGGCACACAUUACCUGCGCGGGGUGAACAACAACCUGCAGCCGUGGAGCUCCGCCGACGGCAGGAAGCGGUUCGGCCUGCAGCCGGCCAACCCCACGGAGGAGGGGCUGGCCAGCCUGCACAGCGUGCUGCUGCGCCGCCAGCCGCACCUGUGGCGCGCGGCGCUGCUCUACUACACCGUGUACCACGCCGGCAGCAUGAGCUUCGGACGGCUGUUCGGACACAUCGGCCGCUUCGUCCAGGACCCCGACGUCCGCUGGGAGUACUGCCUGAGGGCCAAGAGGGGCCAGACGGACACCUCGCAGCCAGGGUGCUUCAGUAAAGAUCAGGUCUACCUGGACGGGAUCCUCCGAAUCCUCCGACACCGACGGACCAUCGACUUCAAGAUGUUGACUUCUUUAGGCAAAGUGUCUUUCGAGGACGUGGAGAUGCUGCGUCCUCUGGCGGUUCUCCCGCGGACCAGAAUCCCUCACUUCAUGCGAGACCAGGUGCGCUACGCGCAGCACCUGGAACACAUCGUGUCCGUCAACGACCUGGACGACUCUGCGCUGGAACACCUGCUGCCCUGAACCCAAGAAGAGGAGGUGGAGCCACACAGACUGUCCAUGUGGUGCAUUUAAUAUACUUCAUUUUUUUUACCCAGUAUUAUCAACGCUUUAUUUGAGCAACUUUCUUUUUUGUAAAACUUGAAUGAUACGAACAAAAAGGGACGUACACACUGACACCUCUAUCUCCUUUGUUUUCACUCUUGUCCAAUGCAUGACGCCCCCCCCCCCCUUUGCUACUACUAUGAAGUUACCUCAAUACUGCAACUCCACGAUGUAACCGACGUAAUAUAUGUAUCUCGUACAUAAUCACUGCAUCCAGCGCACUAACGCGUGGCGUGCGGAUUUAAAUAUGCUUUAUUUAUGCAAUUAUUUAAGUUUUUUUUUUACUUUGAGAGCGCAAACUGAAUGUCUCUGGUAUCAGCUUUAUACAUUUUUUUAUUCUAUUUUAGACUAUAUUGUUUUUAUGCCUUUAGAUUGUUUGCAUUGAAAUAAAUAAAAAAAGGACACCAAGGACACACAUUUAAAAACAAAAACCCGGGGGAGUGAAGCUCAGACUGCCCGGGGGUAUCAGUGUUAUCAGACGAUGAUCAGCUGAGUUACGGUCUUAAUUGUCCUUGGUGGUCUUUUCUUUUCACAUCUUGACGCUACUGUGAUGUGAAGCCCCGCCCCCACGCGCCGCAGAAGGCAAACGUUCUCACGCUACGUUAAAGGAACAUCUUUGUUGCAGAAAGUUAGAUGAGAUUUAUAUAAUUCUCGUGUAAAAAACAAAACACCAACGUUAGCAUGUCCGGCUACUAACGGGCCGUUAGCUCCUAACUCCUUCAGGGUUUCGAUGUCGUAAAAAAAAAAUAGGACAACGGACAUUAAAAGCGUAGUUCAGAAAAGAGAAACAUUCGGUAGAGAACUAGAAACCUUUGUUAGAAUAAACAGUCUGAACAUACGUUUCCUACGUGGUUUCCACCAAUUCGCGGUGCUAACGUUAGCUCAAUUAGUCACAGCCUGAUGCCAUCUGCUAACGGAAGUUGUCUUUUCAGUUGGCGACAAUGAGGCUAACAUCUGAGAAGCUGCUUUUGUCGAAGUUUCCUACUUUUAUUUACUGUCUUUAUUUUUGACAUCUUCUACGUGGUUUCCACCAAUUCCCCGCACUAACGUUAGCUUAACUAGUCACAACCUGACGACCAUCUGCCAACCGAAGUUGUCUUUUCCGUUAGCGACAAUGAGUCGCCGGCUAACAUCUUAGAAGCUGCUUUUGUCGGAAGUUUCCUACUUUUAUUUACUUUCUUUAUUUCAUUUUAUCUUGUACGUGGUUUCCACCAAUGCACGGUGCUAACGUUAGCUCAAUUCGCUAGCGAGUCACAGCCUAACGCCAUCUGCUAACGGAAGUCGUCUUUUCAGUUCGCGACAAUGAGGCUAACAUCUGAGAAGCUGCUUUUGUCUGAAAUCAAAAAGAAUUGCGACGGUAAUCUUUUUAAAAAUUGUGCGAUAAUGUUAAGCUAACGUAACAGAUAGCGCAUUUCCAGUCUUAAUGCUAAGCUAAGUUGACCAGUAUCGCAUUCUUCUCAUCUAACUCCCUGCAACAAAGCAAUUCAGUGAAUUUUCCUAAAAUGUCGAGCUAUUCCUUUAACGCGUAGAUUAACUGCCAAAGUAGAAUUUGUGGGCGGAGUCACGGGCCGAGGGGGAGGGGGGAUGUCGUUAGCGUGCCUUCGAUGGGUGUAGCGCUCAUCCGCUGGAGCUUUCCGUGUGUUUGUCGGCUGCUUUUUACCGCGUUGAACAUUUAAAACCUUCAGCUGUCCGGUCGGGGGCUUUCACUUUGCGACAGUAUUGAAUCAGGAUCAAACGUAACAACAAAAAACAACUUGACCAAAAUGUGAAUCCUCCUCCUGUGAUUAUGAAAAUGUUGAAUUAGAUCGAUAUGAAAUUGAUUCUGCUGUUUACAAUUUAAGCCGUUUGGAAAGCAGAUGUAGGUUGUUUUUUUAAUUUGGAGCAUGUGGUCCUCAUCGAAACCUCCGGCCUGGACCGGCCUCGACCUCCAGGGCGGGAAAACACCUCGAGGUUCCCGUUCAUUUAUUAAAAAGUACACACACUUGAA